GCAUAAUGGUUAAAUCUUUAGUUCUGUCCCACUUUCAUCGAGAUUUCUGAAGUAUUACUGCGUAAUGGCUUCCAAUAGACUUGUCGAUUACUUCAUUGUAAUUGGCUAUGACGAAGGAUCUCCACUGGAUUCGAAAAAUUGUGGACAGGGAAAGAUAGUGUGGAUGUGUCCCCCAGUGUUCAAUAAUAAACCAUUCUGGAAUGACAGCUACUCUUUUCCCAGCCAGCUCGCAAAAAUGUGUAUGCCGCUUGGCUGGAGGUCCUCUACAAUCUAUCAAGAGCCCACUUACUUCUGCAGUCAGUUGACAAGUGAAACCGCGUUGGAUAUUACACUAGCUUGCUUCACUAUGUAUGAGCCGAUCCUCCAAUUGGCAGACGAGACGUUGAUUCCACGUGAUGUGCAGUCGUCUCGUGCAGAUGCUUUUAGUACAGUGAGCACUGCCUCGGGAGAAGACGUGGUCUACUGUCCUAAGUGUCUCAUCAUUCUCUCCACCCACAGAUACCCAGACACGUUCAAGCAAAUUCUGUGUCAGCUGUACAACAUUGGCAUGCGGGGAGGAGAUGCGUCAUCAUCCUCUGGGAAGGAAAAGAGUCUCUCCAACAUCGAGACUGCAGUGGCCAAUCUGAUCGGAUACACAGACGUGCCUUCAGCUAGACUAGACAGUGCACUGAGCCAGCAGUUCGAACUGCUACGAGGUCUUCCACAGCUGUCGUUUGUCGUCCCCAAAGACCUGAAGAUCCCAGUGACUGGGAAAUCGGUACUGGAGUUCUUCAACUGUAUUGGCACUUUCAACGCCCUGGCCAUUGUAAUCGGAGUGCUGGCAGGGGCCAAAGUCAUCCUUAGCAGUGUGUCUCUGACUAAACUGACAGAGUCUAUCCAUGCAGUAAUCUCUCUCCUCUACCCUCUCCAGGUGGAACACGAGGGCAGUGACGGCAGACCAAUAUCGCUCAUGUCGACAACGCGUGUGCCAGUGUUGCCGCACGAGAUCCUCCGUUACGUGAACUCUCCCUUUCCUUACAUCUACGGAGUGCACAGCUCCCUCAUGGAAGAACUGAGAAGCCAAUGUGAUUCGGAUCUAAGUGACAUCCUUAUAGCAGAUCUGGACAACAGUGCCGUGCAACUGCCCAAAAACGACAAUGAAUUGUGCCUACCUGAGAGGGUACAGACUCAAGUCCUUUCUCAACUACAAUCUAUUCUUGACCCCAAUCUACAGGACAGGGACAAAGCCUUCACGACGAGCCUCACCGAGAAAUCAAACUCAACCUCAGAUUUAAUGAGCAGCAAUCGCAAACCAGAAUCCAUACAGUUAGGGCGCCCUAACAAUUUGUUCAUGUCAUCGGGGGGAGCUUUGAGUGGGCCCGGUUCCCCCUCAUCCUCCCAAACAGGGGUUGGUAAUUCCCACCACUCAAAAGAAGCUCCCCGGGAGCUGCAAAUGGACAAGCAAAUACGAGCCGUGUUUAUGCAGCUGCUGGCGCACAUAAUGCACAAAUACAGACAGUGUCUUGUUGUCGUCAGGGUGCAUCCAAACCCAGUGCUCAAACUGGACAAAUUCUCUUUUAUGAAAGCACGACCUGACUUGGAGAAAGUGUUUCUGGAAAUGUUUCUAAAUGACAACAUGCUCUUCAAGAACUUUAUCGAAGCAAGGGGAUCUCCAUUCCGAUCUGUAGACUUGAUGGACCACAUGAUCGAUUCUGAGAACCUAGAGACGUUUUGCAACUCAAAGAACUUCACUAAGAACACUUUCUAUGAAUCGAUCGAAGACCUGGCGCGCUUUCUGCUUCAAAAUGAGACGCCUUCUACGGCACCUUCUUCUGUGUCUGUGAAUCCAACCAGGCGCUGGGAUGUGAAUUACGUCUUCCCAACAGACCUGAACACUCAAGCAACUACUUCUGCAAUCAAAGAGGGAAUCGAGAAAAGGAAGUCGAUGUCCUUCAAUGGUUCCAAAAAGUCUAAGAUGUCAACAUCUUUAUCCUCCAAUGAGUUGUGCAUCGUUCCUGGAACUACACCAGGAGACGUUACGAGAUCCGUGUUUGAUUUAGACACGCUUGGAAACUGGGCUACUGUCAAUACCGUUCAAUUGCCCGCAGUCAAGAAACGCCUGGACGGGCUCGAAAAGUGCAUCAAGAGUAUAUUCGAAGGGAGAAUCAGUGACGUCUACUCGGGUUUGGACGCCUCACUCAAGAUCCUGAACAGCACUUUGAGUGCGAAGCGACUGCUAGUCCACAGACUGCGCGAACACGUAAUAGACACGCAGAAUGACUCGAUGAGGCCUGUGGAGCUGAAUGUAAGGCUUCUCCACUUUCUGUCGCAGUUGGUGAAUGAAGCACUCGUGUUCGAAGAUGGAACGGAGGUUGAUCACGACAUCGUGCGAGGGGUGCUGAGCAUCGCUUCCUGCUAUUACUCGAGGCUAAGCAUGCAGAAUUUCUCGCAGAUGCAGCAGCACAUGGCGAAGACUCAAACUAGUACUUUCGCGGGGGGCAUUACCGAGCUGGAGUGUCCGCCGCCUACGAGACUGCCGCACCAGUUCCUCUGCACUCUAAUCCAAGGGCAUCCAGUGUGGCACUCGCACCAAUUCUGGAUCCACGCCUUUUACCUAGACGUGGAAAAGCAGCUGCACAAGAUGUACACCCGCUUCGGAUCCCACGGAGAGAAGUUACCAGAUGAACGCAGUACUAUACAAAGAGUGGCCGACCAGUUGAAAGAGAAGCAAAAGUGGGCUAUGCAGCAGAGUAGUAUGACCAAUGGCUUAUCGGGGACGGAAUCAGCCAACGUAAGCUCUGAUGCAGACAGUGGCCUGAAUGAAGAGGAGCCACCGGUGGAGACAAAAGAGUCAUUCGAGCAGAAGACGAAGCUGCUUGCAAAGAGCGAGCAGCAGAAUGCCUUCUCCCAAGCACUGGACUAUCUCACCCAGAUUGUCCAGUUGCAGAUGCCACUCCGUACUCCUGUCUACAGGUCUAGAAUGUCCUCCAAGACCUACAGCUCAAAGAGUGGAGGUGGAGAGAGUGGUAGCACGGGGAGGGACGAGGACGACAGGGAAAUGGGUGGGAACGAAAGCAGUCCGGGGGAGAUAGAGAAGUUCCUCUCUCGCUUCGUGCAAGAUGCCAUGGAGAGCACAGAGUGCAGCAAGGAGUACACGGAGAAGGCAUUCGCCGAACUGCACAAUAUCAUGGAACAACAAGCUCAAACUCUCUCUGAAAUCUACACUGCAGCCAAGGAGGGCGACGAUUCUGCUUUCUAUCCGCAGAAGUACAGGCCAGUGCUGUUGCCGAAGGAGGACUACAUACCCACAGCUACAGAACUAGGAGGGGAAGAGGGAUUGCCCAUCCGCCUGCUAGCUGAUGUGAAGACACUCACCAAUCCACUCAAUGGCGACCUGCCAUAUCUGCCAGCCAAUGGCAACAUCUAUCUGACCAACUACAGAAUCAUAGUGAUAGCCCACCCGAGACAUGUUUUGACGUGUGACCAGCUCAUCCACAAGUCCUUCCCCAUUUCCAUGCUGCUCAAGAUGGAGAAGGUAGAGGAGAAGAUCAGAGCAGACUCCACUGCGGCUACUUUAAAGGAAGUCACCUUCCACAGAAAAGUGUGGCAGUUUGUCUUCUCCAAUUUCCAGGUACUGCGAGUUGUAUUUGACGCGGACAUAGCGCCUCACAUGAGCGACAAGCGAGCAGAGGCAUUCGUGGACUCGGUGAAGGAGUUGCGACGAUGCAGCGACAACUACGUUUACUCAUUCAUGCCCCCCUAUCUCUUCAUCUCCUCGGGUGGAUGCAACGGGGGUUCGGGCAGAGAGUCGGGCUACUACGAGGGACGGGAUCUCCUUCCAAAUAAACCUAAGAGCAAAACGGCCAAUACCAUCCGCUCUUCAACCCUUCGGCUUCUCUCAGUGCCGAAGACAUUGCGUACUUUUGGAGGAGGUAUCAGUGCAAGCUAUCAUCAGCAAAAGAAGACUCUGGGUCUGACUUUAGCAUCAACCAAUGAGCUAGAUGACGAUUUUGACAAUGACGGCUUCACCAUGCGUAGCUCCAACAACGGAGGCUUCCACUCGACUCAAACUCUGGAGAGACUGGAGAAGACACGUCUGGUGCAGGACUACCUCCGUCUCCAUCUCGGUUCCUCCCUCGCCGACAACAACUCCACCCACACUUGGACUAAGACUGUCAAGUUAGGCGGAAGUAGCAGUAGUCAUAGUGGGGCAGGGGGAAGUGAGAAGAGACAUGGUGGUGUGGGAGGCUCCGACUUCAAGAUAUCAGCGGUCAACUCCAAAUACGACUGCUGCGAAACGUAUCCGGCAUCCCUGGUCAUUCCGGCGGCUGUGAAUGACUCCAUCCUCGGUGCUGUGAAGAUGUUCUACCGCACCCACCGUCUCCCAGUCGUCACUUGGAGAGACAGGAAGGGCAAUGGGUCACUCCUCAUCAGGGCCUCCUGCCUCAUCAACUCACGCAACGUCUUCACACAGCCAUUCAAGAAGACACACAACCCACAACAUAACCGUAGGAUGUCAGUGCAGAGUGCGCACGAAGGCUACCCAGUUGGGGGCGGUGGAGGAGGGGGAGGUGCGGGUGCAACUAAGGAGUUCCGCGAGUACAUCAGAGCACUAUUGGAUGUGAUCCCUAAGCCUAGUGGCUGGAUCGAAUGUGGACUUGCCUCCCCCAAUCCCGUCAAAAGGUCCUCACGCUCAUCCAGGAAUUUGAUAGAACUGCAUCGGACAUCAAGUGAGUUCAUGGGAGGCCACGGAAGCUAUUCGAGUAGUCCGAAGAAGCACGGGAGCAAGAUGUCCAAAUUGGCCAACAGAGUCACCCACAAUCUGGGCACCCUCACUCAGGGCUUCGGAGGAGGUAAAUUGGGAUCCUCUCCGAAGACGCUUUCUGUACCCAAGCGGCUGUUUAUGGUCGGAACUAGUAACAACAAUAGUUCUAGUAGCGUCCAAAAGAGCAAGCGAGGUGGCCCUUUCAAGUCCAAAUUUGGCGGCAACCAUCACCUGAUUGACCCGGUCUACGGCGACACUAACAGUUACGAAGGCGGACAGCAGCAGACCAGUUCAGGUUACGAUAACGAGCUCAGUCCAGGCAGUGAGACUUCUUCCAUCUGCUCCCAAACGAGUCUUCCUUUCUCAUUUGGCACUAAAAACACUGCAUGUCUCUUCAUCUUUGUCGGAGACGUCAAAGACAAGAAAAACCCUUUCUUGGCGAUUGGAGCAGCCGCCGAGAUUGUGCCAGUGGAAGUAUUGAGCUCGAGCAAGCUGCGCGACUCUUUCACCAACUUGCUCAACUCCCUCGCUCCUCCAGACAACCCCAAGAGGUCCAAGUAUGGAGGUGGGGGUGCAGAUCCCCCUGUUGAUAUGGGGAUAUCCCACGAGAAAUCGGGCACAGGAGGGGGAAAGAGUCCAAAAGAACACGUGGACAAGUGGUUGCAACAGGUGUCCAAGCUAUUGCAUGUCACUAUGCAGGUCGUCACUGUCAUGGCACAGGGAAAGUCUGUCAUGUUGUGCCUGGAGGAUCACAAUGACAUGACAGCUCAGGUCACUUCUCUGGCGCAGCUACUGAUGGACCCGGAGUACAGGACAGUAGACGGGUUCUGCACUCUGGUGGACAAGGAGUGGCUCUCUUUUGGUCACCGCUUCAAGUACAAGACGGGCCAGUUCGACUUUCCCAGCAACGGAUUCUGUCCCACUUUCCUCCUCUUCUUAGACGCUGUCAAUCAGGCGCUAGUGCAACAUCCGACGGAAUUCGAGUUCAACUCGUUUUUUCUGCAGACCAUCGCCUACCACCACAUGUCAAAUAGGUUCUCCACCUUCCUCGGCAACAGUGACCUGGACAGGAUAAAGUUACAGGCGGCGUUGUUUGAGAAUGACGCGACGGCUGUGCAGGAAGGCAGGGAGUCCCUGUGGAGGUUCCUUAACACCAUGCACAACGCCAGUCCUCACUUCAUCAACUACUCCUGCUCGACAUACAAAGACUUCACAGGGCUUUUCGAGGAUAGUCCAAAGCAUAUUCGUUUUGUGUCCAACCCCGGAUGCCUCUAUCUUAACUGGUCAGUAGCUGCUUUGGAAUUGUGGUCCUUCUACCUGCCGGAGUCAUUGACUGACGCCAACCUCUACGAACUGGACCUCGAACCCAAUCCCCAUCAGCCGGAGCAGAAGAACUUCAUGACUGGUUCGCUGGUGGACCCACAGCUGGGGACUCCAGAGAACCAGCAGAGUUUGAUCAAUGCUUCCGUGUCUGCUGUGAACCUGCAAGAUGAAGUUUCUCUGUUCUUGAAACGAGCCAUUGACAACGGGAUCAUCGACCCCAAUCAGACUAUCAACCACUACUACAGAAGUCGAUGCCCACAGAAGAAACUGCAGUUUAACGGAUCUCCCAACUUGGCUAAACUUGUGAGUGUGGAUAAUCUGCUGAAGGAUCUUGCCUACAAGUCGCUCGCCAUUCUGGUCAAUCAAAGACACAGUCUCUCAUCCGCCUCGGCCAAUCAGAACGCGUCUUCUGGCAACAACCAAUCAGCUUCCCAUCUCACUCACCAGUUUACUUCUCCUAUCCAGUCCAACUCAGAGCACUGCGAGUUGUGCAAACAGAGGAUAUCCACCACUGCCCUAACUGGAGUGGCGUGUGUGAUAUGUGAAGUGAUGCUGCACAAAUCCUGUCAGUCCCAAUGGUCGCGACCCUGCAGACGCAAGAAGGAGAGCAUCAAUGCAACCACAUCCGCAAUGGUCAAGUCACCCUCUUUCUCCUACUCAAACCAAAAGAGCUCGAGCAGUGCAGCACCUGCAGUGGAAAUUCUCAUCACUAGUGCUCUGAAUGGAGCUAUCGAUACUGGAAUGGGAAGCAGUGACAGCAACUCGGCUGCUGCGAGAGAUGAGGGUACUCUGACAGCGUCAAAUGAGCAAUCACAAUCGUCUAACGCAAUGAGAAGCAGUUCAGAAGGGGGAGGGAGGAGUGGGAAGAAUGAUACCAUGUCCAAGUACCACAACAAACGAGUUCUAUCAGAGAAAGUGACCAUGUAUAAACAGACGAGACAUUUGCGUCAGUGGAAGAAGCAGCUGGUUGAGUACUUCCCAGGCAGGAAUGUAUUGCGUUUCGCCGAGCCUCAUUCGGAUGGGAGUUUUGGAGGAGUGGGCAAGUACAAGGAGAUCCCGAUGAACAGUAUUCUAGAUGUCUCAAUACAACUGCCCAAGAAGUUCGACAUAGUGCUGCCCAACCACUUUGACGGAUACGCUAUGAUUAGGAUGCAACUCACGAACAGAGAAUACUUUCUACUAGUGCAGCACUCGAAAGAUGCAGAAAAGUGGGCAGAUCUAUUGAGCAACCGAAUCGCAGACUGAUCAGAAUUAGAAUUAGACAAUUGGUAGCACCUAAGCAGAAAUCCUACAAUCAGAGACACGAAAUUGCUUCGCUUUGUCCAAGAUUUCUUCACCAUAUGAGGCGCUGUUUUUCAAUCCGGUGCAAUAUUUAAAACUGCUUUUUUGUUUCUAUGUCUUCUUGUAGGUUAAGAGAAAAUUGAUAAUUACUUCAAAAGACUGUUGAAACUAACCACCGCCCAGAUUUAGAACGAAAUGGAUAAGAUGAGUAAAUCAUUGAACGAAAAGUGCUUAAAGUCAGGUGUUUCAAUCUUUUAGUGUGCUCUAUUUUCUUUAGAUUAAUUGGAACGCUCAAAUUACAAUCAUGGCUAUUUAUUAUACCCGGUAGGCUCAGAGAAAUAUGAAUUCUUAUUCUAUUUGUAAUAAUAAUUUUUAUCUUAUCCUUUUGUCAUUUCAAUAAUUACAAAU